CCGCCUGUCUCUCUAUCUCACUAUCUAUCUCUCUCUAUAUCUAUCUUUCUAUCUAUCUAUCUAUCAUUCGUUCACCUCUGUUUGUGUCCGUAGAAUUUAUCAAAUUAGAAAACGCAAAUUUAAAAAUAAUAGGAUCGACCACUCACGACUAGCUAGCGCGGACGCGCGACUGCGCGUUCGGGACCACUCUGCUUUAGUAGUACCCUUAUACUCUGUGUGUUUUCAAACGCAUGGAUAUAGGUGUCAAAUUUGUUCCAAUAACUUUCGAGUGAUAGAUAGAUAGACAGACAGACAGAUAGCUCGCUCCGGCCAGUCAUGGUAUUAGCUGUCAGUAGCCAAAGAAUCAACUCAAACCAGCAGUAACGUUCCUUGUCAGAUUUUUCUACUUUCACUUCUGACAGCUAAUACCAUGACAGUGCCAAAGUCUUUCCCCAUUGUUUUAAGUGAAUUGUACAGAAAAAGUAUUUAACUUGUGCAAGUAUAAAAAUUUGGAUGUUAAAACAAUAGUGAUGAUGAUGAUGAUCUGCCAAAAAAUUAGCUGCUAAUUAAAAGACACUUUUACGUUUUUUCAUGAGUCAGGCCGAGUUUUUCUGCCAGAUGGCCUUCCUGUUAUUAACUGUCACCAGUUUCCAGGCAAGAACAUCAGAUGACAUUGAUGUAACAGAAGAAACAUCUUCAGUAUCUACCAUGUUUUAAAGACUGAAGAAAAAUAGUAUACAAAACAGAUGUAUUGCAUUAUUUCUACAAAUCUGUGUUAGAAUUCCUGUGAAACAUUUGCUCUGAAAUAAUAUUAUUAGCCAUAUUUAUGAACAUCCCUGACUGGAGUGUCAAAGAAGAGGACCCUGUUUGCUCAUUGCAGAUGGAUAAAUUUAUGUAAGUGUUGCCAAAGAAAAGUAACACUGAACAGAAGUACAGCAGUAAACGUGUUUGUAAGAUAUAAAGUACAAGAACAAAAGGAAGAAAAAUAUAUAAACUGGGAUUUGAGAAGAAAAGUAAUGUGAGAAAAUUGUAUAAUUGAUUUCCCCUGAACACAUGGUAAAAGAGAUAAGAUCAUAUGACUGUGAUAUCUGUACAAAGUCGUUCUUUUAAAGAAAGUAACCUAAUUAUGCACAAACGUACUCAUACAGGAGAGAAGCCAUAUCAUUGUGAUAUCUGUGGUAAAUCAUUCUCUUACAGUAGCUACUUAUCUAGACACAAACAUAUUCAUACAGGAGAGAAACCAUAUCAUUGUGAUGUCUGUGGUAAAUCAUUCUCUAGCAGUGGUCACUUUACUGUGCACAAACGUAGUCAUACAGGAGAGGCACCAUAUCAUUGUAAUAUCUGUGGUAAAUCAUUCUCUAGAAGUACUCAUGUUACUGCACACAAACAUACUCAUACAGGAGAGAAGCCAUAUCAUUGUGAUAUCUGUGGCAAAUCAUUCUCUCAAAACAGUAACCUAACAAGACACAAACAUAUUCACACAGGAGAGAAGCCAUAUGAUUGUGAUAUCUGUGGUAAAUCAUUCUCUGACAAUAGUAACUUAACUGCACACAAAGAUAUUCAUACAGGAGAGAAACCAUAUCAUUGUAAUAUCUGUGGUAAAUCAUUCUCUAGAAGUACUAAUGUUACUGCGCACAAACGUUCUCAUACAGGAGAGAAGCCAUAUCAGUGUGAUAUUUGUGGUAAAUCAUUCUCUCAAAGUAGUACCUUAUCUUCACACAAUCGUAUUCAUACAGGAGAGAUGCCCUAUCACUGUGAUAUUUGUGGUAAAUCAUUCUCUCAUAACAGUCACCUAACAAGACACAAACGUAUUCACACAGGAGAGAAGCCAUAUGAUUGUGAUAUCUGUGGUAAAUCAUUCUCUGACAAUAGUAACUUAACUGCACACAAAAAUAUUCAUACAGGAGAGAAACCAUAUCAUUGUAAUAUCUGUGGCAAAUCAUUCUCUCAAAAGUGUGACUUAUCAAAACACAAAUGUACUCAUACAGGAGAGAAGCCAUAUCAUUGUGAUAUCUGUGGUAAAUCAUUCUCUCAAAAUAGUAACUUAUCUAGACACAAUCAUAUUCAUACGGGACAGAAACCAUACCACUGUGAUAUAUGUGGUAAAUCAUUCUCUCAAAAUAGUAACUUAACAAAACACGUACAUAUCCAUACAGGAGAGAAGCCAUAUCAUUGUGAUAUCUGUGGUAAAUCAUUCUCAAGAAGCAUUCAUGUUACUACACACAAACGUGUUCAUACAGGAGAGAAACCAUAUCCUUGUGAUGUCUGUGGUCAAUCAUUCUCUCUUAACAGUAUUUUAACUGCACAUAAGCGUAUUCAUACAGGAGAGAAACCAUAUCACUGUGAUAUGUGUGGCAAAUCAUUCUCUGAAAGUAGUACAUUAAUUAGACACAAAUCUAUUCAUACAGGAGAGAAGCCAUAUCAUUGUGAUAUCUGUGGUAAAUCAUUCUCUCAAAAUAGUAACUUAACUGCUCACAAAGAUAUCCAUACAGGAGAGAAGCCAUAUCACUGUGAUAUCUGUGGUAAAUCAUUCUCCAGAAGCACUCAAGUUACUUCACAUAAACGUAUUCAUACAGGAGAGAAACCAUAUCAUUGUGAUGUCUGUGGUCAAUCUUUCUCUCUCAAUAGUAUCUUAACUGCACAUAAACGUAUUCAUACAGGAGAGAAACCAUAUCACUGUGGUAUCUGUGGUAAAUCAUUCUCUCAAAAUGGUGCAUUAAGUAGACACAAAUCUAUUCAUACAGCAGAAAAACCGUAUCGCUGUGAUAUCUGUGGUAAAUCAUUCUCGCAAAGUAUUCACUUAACUGGACACAAACGUAUUCAUACAGGAGAGAAACCAUAUCAUUGUGAUAUCUGUGGUAAAUCAUUCUCUGACAGUAGUCACUUAUCUAGACACAAAUGUAUUCAUACAGGAGAGAAACCAUAUCCUUGUGAUAUCUGUGGUAAAUCAUUCUCUCAAAAUAGUAACUUAACUGUACACAAAUAUAUUCACACAGGAGAGAAACUAUAUCAUUGUGAUAUCUGUGGUAAAUCAUUCUCUAACAGUAGUCAGUUAUGUAGACACAAACGUAUUCAUACAGGAGAGAAACCAUAUCCUUGUGAAAUCUGUGGUAAAUCAUUCUCUCAUAGUUGGGUCUUAACUAAACAUAAACGUAUUCAUACAGGUGAAAAACUAUAUCCUUGUGAUAUCUGUGGUAAAUCAUUCUCCAACAGUAGUAACUUACCUAGUCACAAACGUAUUCAUGCAGGAGAGAAACCAUAUCAAUGUGAUAUCUGUGGUAAAUCAUUCUCGAACAAUAGUAACUUAUCUAGUCACAAACGUAUUCAUACAGGAGAGAAACCAUAUCAAUGUGAUAUCUGUGGUAAAUCAUUCUCCAACAGUAGUAACUUAUCUAGUCACAAACGUAUUCAUACAGGAGAGAAACCAUAUCAAUGUGAUAUCUGUGAUAAAUCAUUCUCUAACAGUAGUAACUUAUCUAAACACAAACGUAUUCAUACAGAAAAAGGACCAUAUCAUUGUGAUGUCUGUAGUAAAUCAUUCUCUCGUGGUUCUAUCUUAACUAAACAUAAACGUACUCAUACAGGAGAGAAGCCAUAUCAUUGUGAUAUCUGUGGUAAAUCAUUCUCUCUUAAUUGUGUCUUAACUGCACAUAAACGUAUUCAUACAGGGGAGAAACCAUAUCACUGUGAUAUCUGUGGUAAAUCAUUCUCUGAUAGUAGUACAUUAACUAAGCACAAACGUACUCAUACUGGAGAGAAACCAUAUCAUUGUGAUAUCUGUGGUAAAUCAUUCUCUCAUAGAUGUGUCUUAACUAUACACAAACGUAUUCAUACAGGAGAGAAACCUUAUCACUGUGAUAUCUGUGGUAAAUCAUUCUCUCAACGUAUUCACUUAACUACACACAAAGAUAUUCAUACAGGAGAGAAACCAUAUCACUGUGAUAUCUGUGGUAAAUCAUUCUCUCUUAAUUGUGUCUUAAUUGCACAUAAACGUAUUCAUACAGGAGAGAAACCAUACCACUGUGAUAUCUGUGGUAAAUCAUUCUCUGAUAGUAGUACAUUAACUAAGCACAGACGUAUUCAUACUGGAGAGAAACCAUAUCAUUGUGAUAUCUGUGGUAAAUCAUUCUCUCACAGUUGUGUCUUAACAAUACAUAAACAUAUUCAUACGGGAGAGAAACCAUAUCACUGUGAUAUCUGUGGUAAAUCAUUCUCUCAAAAUAUUCAGUUAACUGGACACAAACGUACUCAUACAGGAGAGAAACCAUAUCAUUGUGAUAUCUGUGGUAAAUCAUUCUCUCACAGUAGUCACGUAACUAGACACAGAUAUAUUCAUACUUGAGAGUAACCAUAUCAUUGUUAUAUCUUGGUCUCAAAAUUGUAAUUCAUGAAACCACAAAUGUAUUCAUGAAGGAGAGAAAUGAAAAACAGUUUAUUUGGUAUGAAUUUUUAAUAUUCCUGCGCUUCCUGCAAUGGAAGAUAUGACGAAAGUAUUUUAAAACGUUUAUAUUUUUCUUCUUUCCUUUGUGCAAUUUUUACCUCUCUUUGCUCCACAACUACGAGUGCAGAUUCCUUUCAAUGGUGUAAGAACCCCUAUAUUUAAACUCUUCUGCUUGACAACCCCACACAUUAUUCUGUGGUGAAUAUCACAUCCUUAAAUUUCUGUAUAUAUAUAUGUAUUAUCUUUUAAACGCUUCACAUAUUAAAUAUGUUAUACAAUAAGAAAAGUCUUGAUUGUUUUCAUACACUGUAAUAUUGUAAACAAUGACCGCCAAUUGCAGAACAGAGGAGACUUUUUCCUUGUUUGUUUCUGAAGAAUAGUUUCUUUGAAUUAAACUUUACAGAGAUAAA